UGGAAAAGGACCUUUCUAAGAAUGCGGAAGUGGAGCAGUCAAUUCCAAUGGAGCUUUCUUAUUGUACUUCAGUGCAAUGGACAGUUCUAUAGGAUAUGAUUAAGUGGAAUGGAUGAAAACAAUGAAUGUGGCGAGGUGGACUAUUUGCUGCAAGAUGAAGACUCACUCAUCGAAGGAGUCAGCAACCCUGUCUUGCUUGUGGUCGUUCUCAGUGUCACGUUCCUGUGUGGACUGGUAACUCUGCUCUGCAGAAAUGAGCAGUAUAACAUCCACCCAGAGAACCAGGAACAUGUCCGUGCCGUCCGGCAACAGCUACAGUCCGAAUCUCAGGAAGCUGAACCAGCCGAACCCAGGCGACAGUUCUAUACAGACAUGUCCUGUCCUGUGUGUCUACAGCAGGCAGUGCUGCCUGUGGAAACUAACUGCGGACACCUCUUCUGUGGUUCUUGUAUAAUUGCGUAUUGGAGAUAUGGGACAUGGUUCGGUGCGAUCAAUUGUCCCAUCUGCAGACAAAUGGUGACCCUGUUGUUCCCGCUCUUCCACGAGCAAGUCUCCCCUCAGCAGGUACAGGAUGGAACGGUUGAACCUUCCCUCAUCCUCCGGGAUCUCGGCGACUACAACCGCAGGUUCUCCGGACAACCCAGAUCGCUGAUGGACCGGCUGCGUGACGUGCCCACGUUGCUGCGCCACCUCUUCAGGGAGAUGUUCUCCGUAGGGGGCCUGUUCUGGAUGUUCCGGAUCCGUGUCCUGCUGUGUCUGAUCGGGGCUCUGACCUACCUGAUCUCCCCUCUGGACUUCAUCCCCGAGGCUCUGUUCGGCCUGCUAGGCUUCCUGGACGACUUCUUCAUCAUCCUGCUUCUGUUCAUCUAUAUCUCUAUCAUGUAUAGAGAGGUGGUGACCCAGAGACUGGCAGCGUGAUGGAGAGAGGUGGUGACCCAGAGACUGGCAGCAUGAUGGAGAGAGGUGGUGACCCAGAGACUGGCAGCGUGAUGGAGAGAGGUGGUGACCCAGAGACUGGCAGGGUGAUGGAGAG